UACGUGUGCCUGGGAGGAACCCAAACCUUGGGAUGGACAGGAGUAACCCCCUGAAUUUUAUAUACCUACUAUAUAAAGCUUGCACAGUUGCACUUCUAGUGGAUGUUCUUGCAGCCGUUAUGGUAUGGUGGUUGCUUUUGCCUCCAAAUAUUUGAAAUCAACCCACAAGGUUCUCUCCCUCUUGGACCAGCCAUGCCUCACAAUGCGCCACAUCAAGCAAAUCCAAUCCCACCUCACCCUCUCCGGCUCCAUUUCCGACCCUUUCGCAGCCGGAAAACUCGUCGCCUUCUGCGCCAUUUCCCCCCGCGGCGACCUCUCCCACGCCCACACUCUCUUUCGCCACUUGCCCAAUCGCUCCACAUUCUUGUGGAACACAAUGAUCAGAGGCUUUGUAGAGAAAAAACAAGAUACAAAAGCUCUCUCUCUUUAUAAACAGAUGGUACAUAGUGGGUUUUCACCCAACAAUUAUACUUUCUCGUUUGUUCUGAGAGCUUGUGUUGAGCUCUCUGAAUUUUCAUUGGGUUUGGUGUACCACGCGCAAUCGAUUGAAUUAGGUUGGGAAAGAUAUGAUUUUGUGCAAAACGGGUUGGUACAUUUGUACGCUAGUUGUGGAUGUAUGGAAUCUGCUCGCAAAUUGUUUGACACCGGUUUGAAUCGCGACGUAGUUACUUGGACAGCUAUGGUUAAUGGGUAUGUAAAAAGCAGGGAAAUUGGGGUUGCACGUGAGUUGUUUGAUGGAAUGCCGGUGAAGAAUGAGGUUUCUUGGGGCGCGAUGAUUGCUGGAUAUGUUCAACUUGGGUCUUUUAAAGAGUCUUUAGAGCUUUUUAAUGAUAUGCAGUUAGCUGGGGUUCAACCUGAUCAUGCUGGGAUCGUGGGUGCCUUAUCGGCUUGUGCUUUUCUCGGUGCAUUGGAUCAGGGUAGAUGGAUACAUGCAUACAUCGGUAAACGCAGAAUGGAACUAGAUAGAGUUUUGGGGACUGCUCUUGUAGAUAUGUAUGCGAAGUGUGGAUGUAUGGAAGCAGCUCGCCAUGUAUUUGAUGAGAUGCCAAAUCGAGAUGUCUAUGCUUUUACUUGUUUGAUCUCAGGUCUCGCAAAUCACGGCCAGAGUUCUAGUGCUAUUGAGUUACUCUCAAGUAUGAAGGACGAAGGUGUUAAACCAAACAACGUUACCUUUAUUUGUUUACUAAGCGCGUGCAGUAGAAUGGGGUUGGUGGAAGAAGGGUUAGAAAUCUUUGAGAGUAUGAGUAGUGUUUAUGGAAUUGAGCCAGGGGUCCAGCACUAUGGCUGUUUGGUUGAUCUUUUGGGUAGAGUAGGGAUGCUAGAGCAGGCAAAGAAGGUAGUAAGAGAAAUGCCAAUGGAACCAGAUUCUUACGUAUUGGGUGCACUACUCAAUGCUUGUAGCGUCCACGGUGAUGUCAAGCUGGGUGAGGAAAUGGUUGAUGGAUUGGUGGAGCGAAGUCUUGACCAUGGGGGUGUUCAUGUUCUCCUUUCGAACAUUUAUGCCUCAGCUGACCAAUGGCGUGAAGUGGAGAAGGUACGGAAGGGGAUGGACGAGAAGAAGGUGAAAAAAGUGCCUGGGUGUAGUGUAAUUGAAGUGGAUGGUGUGGUUUGUGAAUUCGUUGCUGGAGAUAGGUCUCAUGUGCUUAUGGAGGAGAUAACAUUUUUGUCAAUGGUUACCGAUAAGCACUUGAAAUCUCAUUGGAUUGAUGACGAUGAAAUCAUUUCUGUCCAAGUCAACUUGUAGCCUUGAGUGGCCUUUUGUAACUAGACUGGUUAGUUGAUUGGUAGCAUAGCUCAUUAACAUGAGAAGCUAAAAAUGAUAAAAAUUGAGGAUCACAGCCCAUGGAGCUGUUUUCUGUUGAAGAAACAUACCAUGAAAGUUUUCAAGGUUAAAUUUACUGCACUAUUCCUAAACCA